GCACCGCGGACUACGCUUCCCGGCGUGCCUUGGGAGGGAGGAGGAGCUGCGCGCGCGCGCGUACGAGCCGGCCGCGAGAGGGGCGUGAGGAGCGGCGGCCCGCCGGCUAGUCAGUCAGUCAGUCGCGUUGGCGGCGGCAGCAGCAGCAGCAGCAGCAACGGCAACGCGGGUCACCUCAGGAGCAGCAGCAGCAGGAGGAGGAGGAGGAGGAAGCGGUGAGGUGAGGCGAGGCGGCGGCGGCGGGGCUGACCGGCCGCGAUGGGCACUCUGAGCGGCGGGCGCAGGGAGGUCCUGGCCGGGCCGUCGCCGCUGCUGCUGCUGCUGCCGCCGCCGCCGCCGCCCUCCUACCCCGCCUGACCGCCAUGGAGCUGGAGCCGGAGCCCCCGCCCGGCACGGCCGCAGGAGGAGGACGGAGGCCGCCACCAGGACCAGCGCCACCGUCUCCGGGACACCCCCUGCCCCCCCCGCCGCCGCCGCCGCUGCCCCUUCCUCCUCCUCCUCCGCCUCCUCAUAACGGGUUCUGCCGAGAGCCUACAUCUGAGCAUGAUCCACUUUCCAGUACAGAUGUUGAACAGAUGAACUCCCCUUCUUCUGUGCUUCUAUUGAACACUAGCAAUGACCGAGUGGACCAGCGCACCUGCCUGAUCUGUGGCGACCGAGCGACGGGCCUGCACUACGGCAUCAUCUCAUGCGAGGGCUGCAAAGGGUUCUUCAAGCGGAGCAUUUGCAACAAGCGGGUCUACCGAUGCAGCCGCGACAGGAACUGUGUCAUGUCCCGCAAGCAGCGCAACAGGUGCCAGUACUGCCGCCUGCUCAAGUGCCUCCAGAUGGGGAUGAAUCGGAAAGCAAUCCGCGAAGAUGGCAUGCCUGGAGGCAGGAACAAGAGCAUUGGACCUGUCCAGAUCUCUGAAGAAGAGAUUGAGCGGAUCAUGUCUGGGCAAGAAUUUGAAGGGGAGGCCAGCAUCUCCUGGAGUAACAACGGGGACAGUGACAACAGCUCCCCCGGCAACGGGGUGUCUGAGAGCAACCAGCCCUCCCCGGUCUCAACUCCGUCUUCAAGUAGGUCUGUGGAGCUGAAUGGAUUUACUGCACUCAGGGAUCAGUAUAUGGGGACGCCGGUGUCUGCGCCCUAUCAGUACCUUCCGCACCUUCUGAGCUGCCCGGCUCACUCAGCCCUGCUGCCCCCACAACCCCGAAGCCUCGACCCCCAAUCCCAUGGCCUCCUCAUCAGCCAGCUGGUGUCUGCAGAGGACCUGGAGCCCCUGGGCACCCCGAUGCUGAUUGAAGAUGGGUACAAAGUGACUCAGGCCGAGCUCUUUGCGCUGCUCUGUCGGCUGGCGGAUGAGCUGCUCUUCCGGCAGAUCGCCUGGAUCAAGAAGCUGCCUUUCUACUGUGAACUGUCCAUCAAGGACUACACCUGCCUCUUGAGCUCCACCUGGCAGGAGCUGAUCCUGCUCUCCUCCCUCACCGUCUACAGCAGGCAGAUCUUUGGGGACCUGGCUGAUGUGACCUCAAAGUACUCUCCCUCGGAUGAUGAGCUCCACCGGUUUAGCGAAGAGGGGAUGGAAGUGAUGGAGCGGCUCAUCUAUCUGUUCCGCAAGUUCAGCCAGCUGAAAGUCAGCAACGAGGAGUAUGCCUGCAUGAAAGCCAUCAACUUCCUCAAUCAAGAUAUCCGAGGCCUGUCGAAUGCAUCCCAGCUGGAGCAGCUGAACAAACGGUAUUGGUACGUCUGCCAGGAUUUCAUGGAGUUCAAGUACCCACAUCAGCCAAACCGGUUUCCAGAUCUGAUGAUGUGUCUGCCAGAGAUCCGAUACAUUGCAGGGAAAAUGGUGAAUGUCCCAUUGGAGCAACUGCCCCUCCUCUUUAAGGCGGUUUUGCACUCCUGCAAGGCCAGCCUGAGCAAAGAGUGAGCAGCCAUCCCUCUCUCCCUCCAGCAAGGAGAAAGAGGAGCAGGAGGAGGAUCCUGCGACUGAGGCCAAUGGGAACGGCUGCAGCCGGGCAGCGGGUAGCCUUGCUGUUACAGCAAGAAUCCUUGUGGGUUUCGUUGUCCCCCCCCCCUUUUUUUUUUUUACUCGUUUCCUAUAAUAUUUAUUUCACGACAGAGUUGAAUGUAUGAUCUUCAACCCCGUGCACAGCAUUCCGUCCGAAUGUGGCUGAUGCGUCCUCUUGCAGUUUACAGAAUGUGAAGAUGUUUGUUACAGUGUUUUAGGGUUAGAUCUUUUGUACUGGGAGGGGGUGGGGGGAGGGCUGGGGCUGAUGACUAAGACUACCUCAAGGAGAAGGUGCUGUUCACUCAUUCUGUGGGUCACACCCAAAGCGUUCAUCCCAUGAGGCAAUCGGCCAUCCUUGGCGGCCAGAAUCGGGUCUCCCCUUGAGAAGUGACAAGGAGCGUGGGGCUGCCGCCUGCCUCGUUCUCUCAGUCAGCUGCCCACAAAGCUUCUCUAGGUAGCACACACGCCACGCCACCCUUUCUACUGCUUGCAGGCCCUCUUGGUGCUCCAGUCACAGCCGCCACAUUCCUUUACAUUAUCACACGUGUGCAAGACUGCAAAGAAGGGAACAUGGUAGCUGACUGUCAGCAGGUGAGAGGGCAUCCCACAGUCUGAGGAGCUCUGUCCUAGGCAUUUCCUGCCCGCCUAAAAGCUGGGAGGGCAAAGCCAAGCAGGAAGAGAGUGGAUAUCUUCCAAAGGGCCCACUUGUGGAGAAAGGAAUUUUGGGGUUCCCCCUUGGAUGCCCUCUCGGUUCAGUUCUUCUUCGCCCUUGGAAGGAUGCCCUCACAAGACUGACUGAUUCUUCUCUGCAUUCACACUAAGUAGGUUCUGUCCCCACUUUCCAGAGGCUCAUCUAGUCCCCUGCAAAAACCAGGUUCCUUUCCCUGUACCUGCACAUUGAACAGAUACCCGCAGCAGUAGCUGCUUCUCUGUGAGCAUCCAGGGAGGGAGGUCUUCCCUAAGACUGCUUUUUAUUCAACUACCUGAAGCUCUUCAAAGAGCAGGGAAGAGCACCCCCUUCAGCCCAUUUCCCCCAGUCUGGCUAAUGGGCUGUGGUCAGCACACACUGUAAGAGAACGGAGACGAAUGACUUGAGCUCCAAACACCUGUUGUUCACACCAUCUUAUCCACACACGCAAGUACCUCCAGUGUUGCGACUGAUGCUGCCGCCACCUGUCUUCACCUGGCUGAGCCCUGUCCCAUCCCCUUUGCAUUUGGAGAUUUGGCACAUCUCUAGGGGAGAGCCCGAUAUGGAUCAGUCUGGAAAACACAAGUGGGCGAGUAAUGCUGGUGACCAACAGUUGAGAAAACUUGCAUGUCUCCCCAGCGUAAGGCAACUUUUUUGGGGGGGGCUAUUGGCAUUUGAUUUAGGGAGCUCUCCCUGGGAUGUCGCCUACAGGGCUUCCUUUGCUAACCUUUCCAACUCAACGCUGCUGCUGCUGCUGAUUCCAGCAAGGUGAAACGGGUAAAUGGCCCUGCUUUCGGAAGCUUCAUGAAUCCCACAAACUGAUGUUAUGGUCCUUUUGCUUUUUCCAUUGGUCCAAAUAGCACCCCCCAUCCCCUCAGGAAGGCCUUCUGCUUUGAUGUGAUAUAUACCUCAAAGGGCAGCGGGGAUAUUUGAGCAUGUUCUCUGUCUGCCCUUCUGUCUGUCUGUCUGUCCGUCCGUCCAUCCGUCUGUGUUGCGAAACUAGAAACUGCUGCCUGCCAGAACAUUGGUCUUAUUUUUGCAAAAAAGCUGUCCGCAGUACCUCCAAUGACCAAGUUACCUUUUGGUUUCCUCAUAUAAUUAGCAGGGAUUCCAUACGUUGCACAAGACUGAAGACUGGCCCGCCUCUGACAUUUAAUAAGGGUUAUUUAAAAAAAAAAACUUGCCGAUUUGUGGCCACAGGGUUUUCAGAAGCUCUCUGCUCCCCCCCCAAAAAAUCUCCUGCAUGAUGACUUGACUUAGGAAAGAGAGAGUCAUGACACUUACCUGCCUUCGUGGCUGGAGCUGUUAAUGGUAUGUAGGAGGGGGAGGCUGUGGGAGAGGACUGUUCGCUGGCCAUUGUGCAAGCCCAUUUUUCUCUUGUGUUAGCGGCAUCCUUCAUUGACAAAGGCUCUGUUUAUGUCUGGGAGCAGAAAAGCCAUGCUGAAUUCAGGCACAAGCCAGAGGCUAAGUAGCAAGCCAGAAGGUAACUUGUUGGGCUGCCAUUAAUGCCUCCUGCAACCAAGUCCGUUAACGACUUGGGGGUUUGAAACAGGGUAAAGUGAAUGUAAUGCAUUGCGGACUCAGGUAUUAUGUGAAGAAAAUAGGAAUUGUAGCUAGAGGCGUAGAGACCAUAGGUCACUCACUAGAUGGAUUUGUGAAUUUGGUUUGAAGGACACCCUACGAAGGUUGGAAUUCUUUUUCUGUGCUAUCCUUCACUUAGCAGUCGUUUUGCAAAGGGCUGUAUAAUAAUUUUGUGGUUAAUGUUGUGGGGAGGGGUGGGCUGGCGUCCAUUAUCUUUGGCUUCUGGGGCCCGUUGGGCCUCUGGCUUUCAAUAUCCCACCUGCCAUAGCAAGAUGCCUGAUAUGGUGUGUUUUUUAGCAUGAAACCAGGCUACUUUUUAUCCCUUAAUUAGAGAGAGAGAGAGACUAUUCUGUCUCCCUCUCCCCCCCAAAAAACAAACAUACCCCCCCAAGGAAAGCAUCAAGGACCACCGCAGCUGCUUCUGCAGAGUUAGGCCCAUCCUGGUGUGAGCCACUCCAACCCAUUUGGGCCAGAAAGACCCCAAAGGCCCUGUGGCCAACCUUCUCUUCCCUUACCCACUCCUGCCCUUUCAGAAGCCGAGCAGGGAGACUGGGAUUCCCCGUUUGAGUACAGUCCUUCAAACCAACCUUUUGUUGUUGUUGUUGCUGUUUAUAAACUUGAACUACUUUUUCUUUUAUCUUUUUUAAUAUUUUAUUUCUAAAAGGAAAAAACAACCAAAAAGGGGUGGGGGGGUUGGGGGUGGAGGGAGAACCGUCAGCCCUCUCCCUCCCGCCGUUGUAGCUGCCAUCGUCUUCCCCCUCCUUGGCUUUGUCAACUCCACGAUGCAACGGGCCUGUGGAGACCAAGGUGGUGGCGACGUUUCCCUCUUUCUCAGGCUUUGACAUGGCAAUCAGGCCUGCCCUGGGAGGCAGGAAGGGA